AUGACUUCUCUUAAUACCUAUUCAUCACCAAGAUCUACUGGUAGAUUAUCUCCAAGAGCAAUAAUAGGAAAAAGACAAGUUAAGGAACAUAGAUCACCGAGAAAACUGGCUACAGAACAUAUAACUCACUCUCCUAUAUUUCACCAAGGUAUAUCUUCAGCCCAUAAUAUCUCUUCAAAUAUUAAAAAUCUGAAAAGUCCUAAAAGCAUAAAAUCAGGUACACAUACUAAAAUUAGUCCAAUAAAACAUCAUACAAGUCAUCAUGCAAAUCAUAAUGUAGAUCAUUACUCAAAAAGUCCAACUCGUCGUUCUUUAAGGUUAUUGAUGGAGAGUACCCAAAAUAAACAUGAUACUCAGAUCUUUCACCAUCAAACUACUAAUAAUUCAUAUCAGACUGCAAAGUUAGUUGAAAAAGGAUCUAAUCAAAUCAAAUCUUCAGUUACUUUAAAGAGAAAUAAAAAAAAGAAUAUAACUUCUCCUAAAAAGAGAAAAGCAACUAACAAAGUACCUACAAAGAAAAGAAUUUCAAAGUCUUCGAAGAGUUCUGCAAGGGUAUCCCCCAAAAAAUUUUAA